AUGGAACAUUUGUCAGUUUUCUUCCAAACUCGGUUCCCUUUGGCUCUGUUGACGUUUUGGGUCUUGCUUGAGGCGCAAACGCUCGCAGAGCAACAGGAAUACUGCGACGACGGCGGCUGGUCGUGUGGGUCUCAUUUGAGCGUAGAAGAUGAAGGUCCGUGCAACAUUGAAGUUUUGGACGGUGCCUCGCUGUCAUUACGUCAGUUUUUGGACAAUUAUGCAUACAGCACGCCGGUGAUCAUCACUGGACUGACGCAGAACACUAAAUUUCGUUCCUCGUGCUCCAAGCAGAAUCUGCUGGAUGAGUACGGCGAUCGCCAAGUGCGUCUGAGUACGGCCAACACGUAUUCGUACAGGAAAGUGGACGUGUCGCUGAGGGACUACGUGGACGUCGUCCUCCGGCCGCAGUCUCCCGACGUCCUCGGUAGCGACACGUUAUACCUGUUCGGUGACACCAACUGGAGCGAGUGGCACAAACUUCUGGACCUUUACAAGCCGCCCGCCUACCUGCUACCCGGCACUAGCCGGGCUUUAAGCUUCGGAAUCGCUGGUCCCGGAACUGGCGUCCCUUUCCACUGGCACGGACCGGGGUACUCGGAAGUCAUUUACGGGAGAAAGCGUUGGUUCUUGUACCCGCCCGACCAUGAGCCGCACUUCCACCCUAAUGUGAGCACUCUGGCGUGGCUGAGGGACGUCUACCCGAAGCUGCCACAGCAACAGGCCCCCUUCGAGUGCACCAUUCGACCUGGACAGGUUCUUUAUUUCCCUGACCGCUGGUGGCACGCCACGCUCAACUUGGACACCAGCGUCUUCAUCUCCACCUUCUUAGGAUGA